CUUCGUCCAGCAGUGCUUCUUUCAUUCUGGCAUGUUAUUUGGGAAGAUGAUGAUGAAUCACAUACUUCUCAUAGUCUUCAAUCUAGUAGACAACCGCGUUUAAAUAAUAAUCAACACAACAUUACAUCACGGCAGAGAUUGAGUUCUUCUCGUCAACCUUCCGAAAAACCAAGACAACAAUCAUCUUCACGUCAACAUUCUGAAAAUUCUUAUCCGGCUCAAACAUAUACUUAA